GUUGGUCAGAUGCUCAGAUCAAAGACAUAGGCAACAAGUCUUGGGAGGCUACGACCCUACGAGCAAGAGGCAAGACCUAUUCCUAUAGAUGCUAAUCUCGUAGAAAAUGGAAUUUGUUUGAAACUUUAUCACACCCUUCACUCUGCUCAACGCCGCCACCUUACUUUAUUAUUAUUGUUCUCCCUUCACAAAUGGAAUUCUCAGGGUUUGCAGUACUCAAUUUGUUCCGUUGCUAAGGAAUUCUCGUUUUCACAGGUCAUUUGGCGUCCUCAGUUUUCAUCUCCAGCAAGUGUAUCAUGGUCGUUGUGGAAGCAGUUCCCGAGCCUGUCGGUUUAAAGCAGCCAUGGGUUCUUACAGUGCAUUCCUUUUCUGAUUUGUCGCAUGUCCCGCCGGUUGUAUUCUUAUAUCUGCUCAAAGAAUGUUAUGUCUGCGGGAAUUCAAAAGCUACUACAAAGUUUCGUGCUCUUCAACAACAAGUCUAUCUGGCUCUUAACAAUGCCCCUCAUCCUGGACCAGCUGUGUUCGUCAUUCACUGCAUGUAUGUGCUGCCGUUGUUUGAAUCAUAUGCUGAAGGUUUCAGCCAUUUGAUUAUAUCUGCUUUACGUAGAUUCCUGAAAUACAAUACCAACUCAGCUGACACUCUACAAGCUCAGGAUCUUGCUGCUCAGUUAUUUUUGAAUGUUGUUCAAGGAUCUGUAAUCCAUGACGAGAGGAUCCUUACUAAGAUUAUUGAAGUUUUUAAUGUCAAAUUUGUAAAUCUUGAAAAAGCUUGGGCAAGUACAGCAUCAAAUAAAUCUGGUUUUGACAAGGCAGAAGCAUUUAUUGAGAGUUAUGUCCAACAGUUCAUAGAAUCUCAGUCAUAUAUGAUGGCUGUGUCUCUGUUGGAACAGUUCUCUAUCACACUCUCUGGAGAAUCUCUCCUGUUCAAAAUGUUACAAGAGCAGGAUUUUAAAUCAGCCGAGAAAUGGGCAACAUAUAUGGGUCAGUCCUUGCUGUGUGUUCUUGUAGAGGAAUACGUCAAAAUGAAUAAACUGAAAGCAGCAUAUCGAAUUAUAAAGAAGAACUCUCUUCAAGAGAUUUUUCCAGAUGUGUACCAUAAGUGUAAAGAAAGUGCAUUGAAGACUCUAGCAGAAAAGGGAUGCUGGGAUGUUGCUGAAUGGAAGGCACAGAAUGAUAGACAACUUCUCGAAUAUCUGGUAUAUCUAGCACUGGAAGCUGGCUACUCGGAGAAAGUUGAUGAAUUAUGUGAUCGAUACUCCUUUGAAGGAUUUGUUAAAGCUAAAGAGCCUGAAGCCUGUCCUAUUCAAAGUCACUAUUUGAAUCUUCAUGAACUGCUAAUAGAUGAUUUAACUUGGGUUGAUGAUGUUGAGGGUCUACAAAAAGCUACUUCUUAUAUUGAAGGGUGUAAAGUUGUGGGUGUGGAUUGUGAGUGGAAGCCUAACUAUGUGAAAGGCAGCAAACCCAACAAGGUUUCUAUCAUGCAAAUUGCCUCCGAAAAGGCUGCUUUUAUCCUUGACUUAAUUAAGCUGUAUGAUGAUGCUCCUGAAAUUAUGGAUAGCUGCUUAAUGCGCAUUUUCCAUUCACGUAGUUUAUUGAAGCUAGGCUAUAAUUUUCAAUGUGAUAUGCAUCAAUUGGCUCGUUCUUACCCAGAGUUUGAGUGCUUCAGGCGUUAUGAAAUGCUUCUAGACAUCCAGAAAGUGUUUAAAGAGUCUUGUGGUGGAUUAUCUGGCCUAACAAAGAAAAUACUGGGUACUGGUCUAAACAAGACGCGAAGGAAUAGCAACUGGGAGCAACGACCUCUAACCCAGCAACAAAAGGGUGGCCUUAACAAAUCCAUUCAGUGUAAUUGUUAAUUAUACGUGAUCACAAUUAUUCAACCAUUCAAUAACCAAGGCAAUCAAUUUAAAAUGCAAUACAAGUAGCUUGUACUACAAAUAAAAUGAACUUCAUUGA